GAACACGUUUAAGACCAAGGAUGCAGAAACUAUGCUCAGGUCAUAUAAAACAUGUAUGUGUCAGAUAUAUUGCAAGCAUAAAAAAAUGAUGAAAACUGCUCAUUCAUUGUCAUAUCAUCGUGAUGCGUAUAUGAUGUUUGUGUAGUUAAGAGAGAGAAAGAUACUGCAAUUUUGAGAGGGUUUUGGGAUGCGAGCCUGUUGGGAGGCGCUAGGGACAUUGCCGACCGGUGAAUCUCGUCACUGGACCGACGACGGAGUAUGGGUAAGGCGUCAACAAUCUAGAGGACCAAUCGAUGACUACAGAACAACGACAACAAACAGACCGCACAAGGAACGGCGGCCUGCGGAUCGACGCACAUGGAGACCGGCGUCAAACUGGCGCCCAACUGAUCGACAGUCGUGGAGAAGCACGGAUUGGAGUCGGAGUAUCGCAGCAACAGACCGUAGAUGGAGAGGAGACUGGCGUCAGAACUGCACAAAAGCUUGCUCACAGAACAGUAUGGGCCUCUACAAUGGAGUACGCAGAUUGGAAAAUUGGCGAAAUAAUUCCAGUAGAUCCGCGAGGGAGAUAUGGCAGAUGAGGUUUUCUGAGGAAGGAAAUCAAGGUUAGCCUCAUACACAGCUUCAACCAAACGAGUACAGAGGUUCUCUCUUGAUUGAAAGUAAUUCAUUUUCAAUUGAGACCAAAAAAAUUAGCUUCAGUUCAACUUCUAAUGCUUUGAGGAUUAAUCAAUUCAAAAAAAACUUUGAUUGUUCUAUUUCUUUUGAUAUGGAUGGAGCUCACUGGUUUUGCGAUGCUUUUCGACAACUUCAGUCCGGAAAUACUUGGCACUUCACUAGGUAUGAAAACUCUCGAAAGAUCUGUUUAUCUAUGGAAAAUAAUAGAUGUGGAGGAUUUAUAUGUUUAGUGGCUUUUUAGAAUGGGAUUAACACCACUAUUAUAGUGCCUAAAGGGUGGAAAGGCAAAGGCUUUCAUAUGUUCUAUUGUGCUCUUCUUCGUGAGCGGGACAUUCUAAAAGAAGCUAAAAAUAGAGUUUCACAUAACUCUUUGGAGGAUUUUGGGGUUCUUUGUGCAAGCUCUGAGAUUGAGGAAUAUGAUUUGGGGAGUUUUAUAUCAAUUUCAUCUUUGAUUUUUCAUGAAGAUUUAAUCCAUAAUGGUUACUCUUCUUCUACCGGGUCAGAAAUUUGUUCUAUUAAAACUGAGAACUUGGUGAAGGGAGAUACUCAAGAGGGACUAAUAGAGAUUAAUGGGGAGAAAGUUUAUAGUGCAGAUGCAAUUGUCGAAGAAAAGCCGCUUCAGGCCGCUUACCCUUCUUCUGAUGGGCGGGAGAUUGGAGAUACCGAUGAGGCAAAUGAUGAUGAAAUCACUUAUAUUAGGAGAGAAUUGACAGCCAGGGAGCUACUGGAUCGUAUAACUGAUCCUGUAGUGAGCUUCACCGGCUAUCGAAUUGAACCAAUUAGGAGGAGUGCUCGUAUUAAAGCUAAACAAUUGUCUGGGCAUUAGAUUCGCUUGGGGGUUCUAUUCUUAUUGCAGGGAUUUUUUCAUCAAGGUACUUGCGCUUUUGGGGGUGUCAAGGUGCUGGAUUGCAAAAGCUUAUACUGGGAUGUCAAGCUCUUUGGGUUGCCAACAUCUGGAGCAAUUGGGAUUAUGUUCUCUGCUUUUCUUCCACUAGCAAUUUUUUUAUCGUCUUUAGCUUUUGCAUUUCUUACUUUCUUCCUUCAUUUACUUUUGUACUUCUCAUCAAUAAAAUUGGUUUUUGAUCCAAAAAAAAAAAAGAUGUUUGUGUAGUUGUGACCGAUUACACAUCAUGUUACUGAUAUAAUUGCACAAACCUAUUUCAAUAUGCUCGCAUCUUCUGGUGUAAUACUCGAUUUUAAUAUAAGAGCAUUAAUAGUACUACUCAU